GCUGGCAUUUGGCAUCGUGAUACUGCACCGCAGCCUACAAGUUGAAGUUGGACAUCAGCACUGGCACCGUCAGCCCAAGUUAUCGGUACCAAUCCUGAGGCUGCACGCAUGCCGAUUGCCCCUUGACGCCAACUAUCGGUAAAGGCCGCUUCUAACUUCCCUGGCGCUAUACAUUCUUCGCGUCCAAUGUAUCACAAUACCCCAUGAUCCACACGACGACCAGAAUCACCAUCCUCUUCCUAAAGCCCAAGCUCUGGCAUAUAGGAGAUGCCCCCUCCGGCUGGAUCCAAGAGAAAGCGAGGAGACAGAACAUAUUCAGAUGACCAGCAAUAUUCCCGUCCUUCACCACAUCGACCUGGGAGCCUGAACCUCGCCCAUCAGGCAUCCUUUCAAGGUUCAGGAAAUGACCGUGACUAUAAUCAGUCGCGCGGCAGGGGCGGCAGACGGUAUAGCAGAGGAGGUCGAGGCGGCGGCUUUUCGUCCAGCCCCGUUGCUAACCCUAGUGAGGCCGUCGCACCUCCUUUGAAGACGCCUUCUGCGGACCCAGAACCCAGUAACACAAACGGCACAAUGGCCGUCGAUAUGGAAUCCGAUCCCCUGCCCGUCGAACUAUCAAGUCCUCCGGAACCUCAGCCGUACAAUUACACCUAUUUUACGAAGGAAGUCUGCUCCUCGUGGGAGACGGGAGGCAGGGCGGAUGUGCUGCGCCAGAGUCUGGAAGCAUUGCAAGAUGAAAGCACAGCUACCUUGGACGCCAUCAUGCAGGAGCUGAUACAGUCCGUUGUUUUUGGGAGGGUUCAACCGUCGGACGCUGGUGACUUGAUCAAAGAGGUCCUCCAGAAUGAAGAUACGAGCGGUGGGGGUCUUCAAUCUCCACCCUCUGCAACACCAGCACAGGCUGCAUUGCUUGAUUCAAUUUGCGUCUUCUUCGAAGGAAACACGACCAUUCCGGUUGAUCGCUUAUCAGUUUUUCUUGCGACAACUGGGAUCUCACCCGACUUACUACGGCUCGAACUCGAUGCACCUUUGCUCGAAAAGUUGGACUUGAUCCGGAACACAUUCAAUCGGAUGGGCAUCAGAAAACAAACCAACCUCCUGUAUCGGCAGGCUAACUUCAACCUGAUGCGGGAAGAGUCCGAAGGCUUCGCGAAGCUGAUGACCGAGUUGUUCACAACUAGUGGCAACGAGCCUCCUACUGCGGAGGUGGUGGAGGACACGGUUGAAAAGGUCAAGGCAAUGAUUGGGGCUUUUGACCUUGAUGUUGGCCGGAGCUUGGACGUUGUGCUCGAUGUGUUUGGCGCAGUUCUCGUCAAACAAUUUCGCUUCUUUGUCAAAUUUCUCCGUGCCAGUCCUUGGUGGCCACGAUCGCCAGGCCUGGAUAAGCCCGGCGCGACUGGGCGGGGGCUGCCUUUGUGGGCGCUUCCCGGCUCUUCAGAGUGGCAUCUUACUGAGGAGCAGAAGCUUCUAGUGGAAAGAGAGACGGAGGCUCGCGAUGGUGACUUUUGGCCUCGCGCGCGGGAGCAGGGCCUGCAGGCGUUUUAUCUCCUCGGCAGGACGCAAGUUCCGCAGGACCAACUGGAUCGUGCGUCUUCGGCAGGGGACGAGAUGACAACGCAAUGGAUCAAAGAGACGGGCACUCUCCCUGCGAGUGGAAAUCGCGAUGCUGCACAGCUGCUAGGAUUCAAGCUCAGGUUCUACUCCUCAUCUCCGGCACGGGAUGAGACGGACGUGCUGCCCGACCAUCUUAUUUACCUUGCCGCACUUCUGAUCAAGAUUGGCUUCAUCUCACUAAAAGACCUCUAUGCUCAUAUAUGGAGAACCGACGAAGAGAUGGAGGAGCUCAAGCAACAGAAAAUCAAAGAGAAAGCUGAAAGAGAGCGAGCCGCCCGGCCAGGUGCAGGCGCUAAGAACGCGCUGCUGAUGGCGGGUGCUUUGGCUGAUGAUACCCUGCCUGUUCCGUCUCGCUUAAAAGAGUCAACCACCCGCGCCAGCACACCCUCGAAAGAAGUCGAGGCCCAGAAGCCCGCCAUCAAAGAUACAGCUGAACCCGCGGAUCAAAAAGUGCUACUCUUAAAGAGCUUGCUCGCCAUCGGGGCUCUGCCAGAGGCCCUUUUCAUCCUCGGCAAGUUUCCGUGGUUGAUCGAUCUCUUCCCUGAAUUGCCAGAGUACGUCCACCGGAUCUUGCAUCACUGCCUAAGUAAGGCAUACAGUGAUGUGAGGCCUCUUCAGGACCGCCCAAGUCUCCGUGAACAGAAACCGGCAUACCAAACCGACCUACCAGGCCUCCAGAAAGGCCAGGUCAAGAUUGUUGCCACUCCUGAACGAAAAGUAUUGCGUUGGGCAUUGCUCGACAGGAACGACAGCACAGAUGGUACUGAUUAUCGCUUCUAUUGGGACGAAUGGAAUGAUAACAUACCAGUGUGUCAGACGGUUGAUGAUGUCUUCACCGUGUGCGAGACUCUCCUGCCUCUUGUUGGGGUCAAGAUUGGCCAAGAUCCUGUACUUCUUCUGAAGAUUGCCCGCAUUGGAAAGCAUAGUCUACAGACUGACAAGACGGAGUCCAACCGGUCACGCUGGUUAGACCUGAGUAAGCGGGUGCUUCUACCAGCCCUUAGCUUGACCAAGUCCAAUGCUGGAGUUGUGAACGAGGUCUUUGAAAUGAUCAGCCACUUCUCGGUCCACGUCCGCUACCUGAUGUACUUGGAGUGGUUGUCUGGAAAAACAUCCCGCAAUCCCGACGUCAAGGCAGCAUUUGACCAGGCCAAGGCUGAGACGAAGGACAUUCUCAAACGCAUCUCAAAUACCAACGUACGACUCAUGGCUCGGGCCUUGGCCAAGGUCGCCUUUGCAAAUCCUCACGUUGUCAUCACGACUGCCCUGACGCAGAUUGAAGUCUAUGAUAGUAUUGCUGAGGUCUUCGUCGAAGGCGCACGUUACUUUACCGACCUUGGCUAUGAUGUUCUCACAUGGGCAAUUGUAAGUUCAAUGGCGAAGGCGGGUCGAAGCCGUACCCAAGAGGGCGGUAUUUUCACCAGCCGGUGGCUUUCGGCGUUGGCGCACUUUGCCGGCAAGAUCUACAAGCGGUACGGCAUGAUGCGCCCUGGCCCCAUCUUGCAAUAUGUCUUCCAGCAACUCGAACAAGGGAACACAACGGACUUGAAAAUGCUGGAGCAAAUUGUUGUCUCCAUGGCAGGUAUUGCAACCGAUACAAGCUACAAUGACACACAACUGCAGGCUAUGGGAGGCGGUCCGUUACUCCAAUCGCAAACGAUAUUGCAGCUCCUCGAUCGGCGACACGACUCCAGAAAGACCUCUGAGCGGUUGAUGAGAUCCUUGCAGGAAACCGGCCUAGCUGCCAAAUUCCUGAUAUCAAUGGCUCAACAGCGGCAAGCUUGUGUUUUCGAGGCAGGCGAUGUGCCCCUUAAAGCUGUUGCCAACACAUAUGACGAAAUCCAUAGAGUGAUGGUUCAGUAUGUUGAGCUUCUGCGAAGCAAUCUCUCAGCAGAAGACUUCCGAGCCACUGUUCCUGACGUGGCAAGUCUGCUUAUUGACUACGAAAUCACUCCAGAAGUGGCUUUCUGGGUCAACCGGCCACUGAUCUCCAAACAAAUGGCUGAAUAUGACAAGGACCAUGCCAAAGAUCUUCGAGCCGAUGAGCUGGCUGUCAGCAAAGAGGUACAUGGCGAUGUGGAAAUGUCGGACCAGAUUAACGGUAGCGCUGAGGAAGAUGGCGAGGCUGUCGAGACAGAAAAUGUCGCGGCUGACACCCCAGCAAGCGAUACCAUGAAUUCUGCAAUAGAUCUCGACUCUGCCAGCAGGACGCCGGCUCAAGCUGAUGUCUCUUCUGAGGAUUGCUGGCAUCCAGUCAUGAAGGAUGUCAUGACAGCAAUACAGCCGGUUUUACCAGGAGAUGUGGUGGAGACCAUUGGGACAGGCUUCUAUGCGACCUUCUGGCAGCUGUCCUUAUACGAUAUCACCAUUCCCGGAAAAUCAUACGAGGAUGAACUCUCUCGGCAACACAAGAAGAUCGCCGCAAUUUCCGCAGACCGUUCAGAUGUCAGCGUCUCCGGAACGAAGAAGAAAGAAGCUGCAAAGAAGGAGAUAACAGACCUUAUCGACAAGCUACUAGUGGAGAACAAGCAGCAUCUCAAAGCAUUUGCAGAGAGCAAGGCUCGUUUGCAGCGGGAGAAAAAUCAAUGGUUCGAUGGGAAAGCAAGAAUGGACAAGCAGCUCAAUACUGCGCUGAUGGAGCACUGCUUUCUGCCUCGAAUACUCUUCUCCCCUCUGGAUGCAUAUUUCUGCUUUAAAUUCGUCAAGUUUCUCCACGGUGCUGGCACGCCGCAUUUCCGGACAUUGGGGUUUUAUGACCUACUCUUCAGACCAGCCCAACUGCAGUCACUCAUAUUCCUUUGCACUUCAAAGGAAGCCGACAAUCUUGGCAGAUUUCUCAAUGAAGUCCUCAAAGACCUGUCACGUUGGCACGGCUCGAAGGCGACCUACGAGAGAGAGGCGUGGGGAAGCAAGAAAAACCUACCUGGCUUUGCUAUGAAGGUGGAGAGCGGAAAGGUGGUAUCACUUCUUGACUUUGAGAGCUUUCGAAGGGUCCUCUAUAAAUGGCAUGGAAACAUGUUUGCGGCACUUCAGAAAUGUCUCACCUCCCCGGAAUACAUGCAUGCGCGGAACGCCAUAUCCGUCAUGCGUGCUGUUUCCGCAGUCUACCCUGUCGUGAACUGGCAUGGAACAGGCCUUCAGAAAGCGGUUGAUAAGUUGCGCGAGUCAGACAAGGAAGAUUUGAAGGUCUCAUCGGCGGCUCUGCUCGGUGCCUUGCACCGGAGGGAAAAGAGCUGGGUGAUCCCCCAGGCUUUCCGUCAAGGACAAGACAAGAAUGGCGAGCAUGAUCAGGGCGGGACCCAGGCGAAGACUGAAAUUACGAAGGACAAAGCAUCAGCUGAAAAUCCUUCUGCCAAGGAUGAGGCAAAGGAGCCGAAGGACGUCGUGAUGACUGAUGAACCAGCUAAACCAGAAAUCAAGGAAGACGUGAAAAAGACAGAGCCCUCCGCACCCGUCAAAAAUGACCAAGCUCGGCCAUCAGCGGAACCUUCAAGGCCCACCCAUCGGACUCCUGAACAGGUAUCGCGACCGCCAGCAAACGGUGCUUCCAUGCCAUCGCAACAGGAAGAGGAGACAUCUACACUGCCCAGACGAGAGCUCAGGCCCUCCCGACCCGAUUCAACCAGACCCCACGGUCAUUCGCGGCGACAGUCGCCCGCACCCUUAUCACGUCCUCUUCCACCCAGUCUGCCGAGUCGGCCGGAGCCGCCUGAAACUCGAAAUGGCCAUCGGGAUAGCCCACGUCUCUCAUCACGAGGACCAAGUGAAACUGGGGCGCCAACAACCGAUGCACGAAGCAGUCGGGAUGUACGGUCUGGCUAUCGUGGACACGAAGGUCCUUUGGAGGACUAUGAGAGACCGCCGCGCAGGUACGAACAACGUUCACUGCAUUCCGGGCGAGAAGAGCGUGUUCAUGGUCGGGAGCACGAGCGUCCUGCCCCGUAUGGUGGACGAAGCUUGCUUUCCGAAAGGGAACGACCCCCUGUCCGACCGCCACCGACUGAUCGUGAGCGAGACAACCGGGACGUAGGGCCUGGAUCACGGGCUCCUCCUGCCGGCGAAUCGACCACACAUGACGUCUCUGUUUUUCAGAAGAAGGACUCUUCGGUCCCGCCGUCGCAAGUUGCCAUAAACCCGGCGCGCGCGGCAUUGAUAGAAGGUGGCGCAGAGCCACGGCACCCUUCGCCCAUGAGGAGUUCCACCCAGGAUAGGCCUACAAGAUCUUCUCGUCCAGCCUCUCCGCGAAGGGAAGAUGAUCGACGGCCGUACCCACGGCGUGAUCCCGACGAACGGUCCUACGCUAGCCAACGGACUGACCCGUCGACGACUCGCCAAGCCUCCUACACUUCGUCAGCGGCGGAACCUCCAUCAGGUGGCCGCUCUACUGGCGCCGGCGGCUACUCGAGGGAUUCGAGACAAGCUCCACCUAUUGACAUGCAACAUGGUCGUCUCGAGCAGGAAACCUCGCAGAGACCACCUAGUUCGACAAAUGCUGACCGCUCUACAGAGGUUGACGUGCCGUCCGGUCCUCGAAACAGACCUGCCUCAGGACCAGGACCCAGGUUGCGGGGACCUCCAUUGAACACGCAAGCGUCACCAUCUGAGCGACCGACUCCUACUGGGCCUUCUAGACGUCACGGGCGCACUAGCUCGUAUACCGACGGACCAUCCGCGCCAGGUACACCGGCAGACGCUGUAGGUGUGCAUCCUUCUCGUCUUAACCGGAUCGAUCCAGCUGGAGGCGACACAUCACGGCCAACAGAGGGACAACAACACCAAAACCAUCCAAGCGGCGCUCCAGCAGGGCCUAGAGGUAAUGCUCCUCCUGGAGCACCCUCUGGACCUUCGCCGACGACUAGAGGUCCUCCUUCUGGCCCGCAUGGAGGUGAUAUGGGUGGACAAGGUGGACGCAACAACCGGCAUCCCCUCACAGCGGUCAACAACACUCUCGCGCAAGCCGGUACCUCAAUCCGAGGACGAGGCGGUAUGAGGUCGGCGCCUUCUGGUGGGUACGGCCCACAUAUGGCACCUCCUCCGCCACCACCACCACCACCACCACCACCUGGAGGGCCAUCCAGCCACGGCUCAAACUCCAAUGGCUACCCACCACAACAAGAUCUAUUUGCAUCUAGCAAUCCAAACGAUGUGCCCGUUGCCACAAGACCGCCAUCUACGCGACACGAUAGCGCGCGGGGCCCCCGGAAUGAACUCAUUGAUGACCGUGGCUCAGACAGGAGAUCAUCACGUCACUCAAGCCGGCAUGACGAGGCGCGUGGUUCAGACCGCGGAUAUAGAGGCGAAAGAGAUGGUCGAGAACCCAAAGACAGUUCUAGUAGUCGACAUGGCGGCGGCGGUGGUGUAGGACCAGACUCUUCUUCUUCGAGAAGAGAUGACCGGUCAUCGGCACGAAGAGAGAAUUACAACUCGCAGCAAGAAGCCGAUGAAAGGGCGAGGGUUGGCGGAGGAGGAUACUCUAGUAGCAGAUCGGGUCCCUCAAGAGGAGAUGAUCUGUCUCAGUCAUCGUCGCGGAAGCAUGGCAGGGGAGAUGAAGGUCCGCCGUACUCUGGUGGGAGUGGAGGCGGAAGCGGAAGCAUGGGCCACGGUGGCAAUGGCAUGGGCGGAAGGGGAGGUUCUAGAGUUGCCAGUGAGAGCAAGCGCGCUAGACGUGGACCGUGAUCAUGAUGAGGGAGGAAAUGGGAAAGGGGUCAGCAUGAAUUGGACUUUGCUGAUGAGACAGCUCUUUGUUGGUCAGACAGACGCUGCCCUGCACGUCGCUGUGUGUGCUGUUUUAGUAGUGCUGAAAUGAAUGAUAGGCAUAUUGGGAGGCGAUAAAAACACCGAGCAGUUUUCCCAAGCAUCUUACGCGUAGUACUCGA